AUGCCGUCAUACCCAACGCAAGACUCUAUUGCAGCACUCACAAAGGCUGAACUAGGUGAUCCUAUUCAAAUGACACCGCGUGUGUACGACCCAAUGGCCAGUCCUAUUGAGCCUCAGGGUCCAGCCUUUGCAUCCACAUUAUGGUAUGAUGAUGAAAAUUCCAAUUUGAUGCACACACCACACAUGGGCAUGUCGACACCGCGAUUUGGUACGAACUAUGCUUUUCAGUCGCCUAUGUACAGCACUGAGGCACCUUCUACACCACAGCAACACAAACCUUACUCUCAGACGACGCCGUAUUCUCCAUGGCGACAUAGCACAGGUCCCUCGAAGACGCGCCUGAAAGAUGACAGCUCUGCGAAUCUCACAAGUGAGAAAAUUGACACGGAAAAUGUCAUGCAGCCUACCACGAAAAAGUCAAAAUUGGGCAAGAAGAGUCAAGUGGGUAAAGCCGGAAAGCCAGCAACGCCUCCUGGACCCAAACCCGUGAAACUGGGCGAAUUGUUCCGUUAUGCUACACCAUUAGAACGUCUUCUCAACUUGACAGGCCUGAUCUGUGGUGCAGCAUCUGGGGCCGCCCAACCUCUCAUGACCAUUCUCUUCGGUAAUCUCACGACCAAGUUUUUGGCCUUGAAUGACCCUACAUUGACACAGGACGAGUGGGUUCGUCAGGCUCUGGACACUGUGUCUUCUGUAAACCACGACGCUCUGUACCUUGUCAUUAUUGGUAUUUGUUCGUUUGUGGUCAUCUAUGUGUACAUGGCGAUUUUUGUAUAUACGGGUGAAGUUAUCACACAACGCAUUCGUAAGGAAUAUCUACGAGCCAUUUUGCGCCAGGAAGUGGCGUAUUUUGACAAACUGGGUGCAGGUGAGAUUACCACGCGUAUCCAGAGCGAUAUUCAGUUGAUUCAGGAUGGUAUUAGCGACAAGCUGCCUUUGAUGGUGGCGUUUAUUUCCACGUUUAUUACCGGUUUCGUCGUGGCCUAUGUACGCAACUGGAAACUGGCUCUCGUCAUGACGUCGAUCUUGCCUUGUAUUGUGGGUGCUGCUAUUGUUAUGAAUAUGUUUGUGUCCAAAUACCAGCAAGUGGAAUUGGAGCAUGUGGCGAAAGCAGCAUCCAUUGCCGAAGAGUCUCUCUCGACGAUUCGCACAAUCAAAGCGUUUGCUAUGAAUGCACAUAUCAGCAAGCUUUAUCAAGCGCGGAAUGGCAUUGCGCUGAACGCAAGCAAGCGUCGUGCCAUGGCAUCUGGUAUUGGAAUUGGCGCCUUUUUCUUCUGUAUCUACUGUGCCUAUGCCCUAGCCUUCUAUUUCGGCUCCAAGCUGGUGGCUGACGGUGAAGUCCAAAGUGGUAUCGUAAUGAAUGUCAUUUUCUCGGUGCUCAUUGGUGCGUUUAGUAUGGCGAUGCUGGCACCCAACCUCCAGUCUUUGAGCUUUGCGCAGGCGGCUGGCGGUAAAGUGUUCGAAACCAUCGACCGGAAACCCGCCAUUGACUCAUCGAGCCCGGACGGUCUCCGCCCUGAAAAAUGCUAUGGUCAUCUAUCUGUGCGACAUGUGGAUUUCAAGUACCCUUCUCGUCCUGAUGUUCAAAUCUUAAAGGAUUUUAACCUGGAGAUGCACCCUGGCCAAACGACGGCUCUUGUGGGCCCCUCGGGUUCUGGUAAGAGUACCAUUAUUUCGCUGGUUGAACGUUUCUACGACCCUAACGAGGGCCAAGUCUUUUUGGAUGGCAUUCCCUUGCCAGAGUUGAAUAUCCAGUGGCUGCGUACGCAAAUUGGCCUCGUAGCACAAGAGCCAGUGUUGUUCGCCACGACCGUGUGGGAGAACAUUGCGUUUGGUCUGCUACACACGCAGUACGAACACUGGUCGGAGAGUGAGAAGGACAAACUGAUUGUUCAUGCCGCAAAGCUUGCGAAUGCCCACGACUUUAUCAUGCAGCUUCCCCAAGGGUACCAGACGCACGUGGGUGAACGUGCUUCUCUACUUAGCGGUGGUCAAAAGCAGCGUGUAUCUAUCGCGCGUGCUGUGGUGAAGAAUCCUAGUAUCUUGCUACUGGAUGAAGCUACCAGUGCAUUGGAUACCCAGAGCGAAGGAAUUGUGCAGGAAGCCUUGGAUCGUGCCGCUCAUGGCCGUACCACGAUCACGGUAGCUCAUCGUCUGAGUACCAUCAAGAAUGCCGAUAAUAUCGUGGUCAUGAAGGGUGGUAUUAUUAUGGAGCAGGGAAAACACAAUGAUCUUCUUGAUUUGCCUGAGGGUUUGUAUGCCAGUUUAGUAUCGGCCCAGCGUGUGCACAACAGCAAUACACAGACCAUGAUCAGUGCGCCUGUCUCUGGUGUAGGUGCCAUGGGCGUGGAGCCGAAUAUUGUCGAACCUGUGAUGCCGAGCCUAAAGCAUGUCAAGUCUCAUGUCAGCAUGACAUCGGUGGACAGCACGUUGACACAUGUUAUGAAGUUCCAGGGCAUGAAGAUGGGCGCGUACGAUGAAAAGCCAUUGAAGCAGAAAACGAAGAGUCUUGGCUUCUUACUCAUGCGACUAAGCCGAAUUGGCCACGAUCUCAUUGGCCCCUACUUUCUGCCAGGUGUGCUGUGUGCGAUCGCCACAGGCGCUGCUUAUCCGUGCUUCUCUAUCCUUUUUGGCUUGGCCCUGACGAAUUACAGUCGGUGCCCGAAUCUGCCUGGCGGCCAGGCAUGUCCUGAGCCGGAGCGCUCGCAAAUGCGGCAUACGGCCAACCACCAUGCUCUGUAUUUCUUCAUCAUUGCAAUUUUGUCGACCAUCACCACUGUGUUUCAAAACUCUUUGAUUCAGCAAGGCUCAGCUAUCCUUAUGCAGCGUUUGCGCAGCAUGAUGCUUAGUGCGUAUAUGCGUGCCGAUGUGGCCUACUUUGACGAGGAAGACCACAGCAGCGGUACGCUGACGUCGUCCCUGGCGGAAAAUACACUCAAGAUUAACAGCUUUAUUGGCGUAUCCAUGGGCGCGAUUGUGCAAUCGAUUGCGACGCUGAUUAUUGGUGCGAUUAUCGCCCUCAUUUAUGGCUGGAAGCUAGCGUUGGUUGUGAUUGCAUGCGUUCCCUUUACGCUCUCAGCCGGCUUCGUACGCCUGAAACUCGUGGUACAAAAAGAUGUCAAGGUUCGCAAGGUGCACUUGGGCACCUCGCAAAUGGCCUGUGAAUCGGCCGCUGCUAUUCGGACUGUGGCAUCGCUGACGCGCGAAGAGGAUUGUCUUGAGCGCUACACGGAUGCCUUGCAAAAGGCAUCUAUGGUCGCGAAGAAAGCCGCCUUGAUAGGCAACCUCUUUUAUGCGCUGGCGCAAGCCACCUCCUUCUUUGUCAUUGCGCUGGGUUUCUGGUACGGCUACCAGCUCUUGCUCCGGCAGGAGUACAAUGCAAGUCAGUUCUUUACUAUCUUUACAGCCGUGGUCUUUGGCAGUAUUCAAGCUGGUAACGUGUUUAAUUUCGUGCCAGAUAUUUCCAAUGCCGCGGCCGCAGGCACGAACAUGUUUGCCUUGCUAGACAACAAGCCCAGCAUUGAUAUCGAGUCUCACGAUGGCAUUGUGCUGGAUCACUGCGAGGGUCACUUGCAGUUCGAGGGCGUACAGUUUGAGUAUCCAUCGCGCCCAGGUAUCCCUGUUCUUCGCGGUGUGGAUUUGGACGUGCACCCAGGCACGCAUGUGGCGUUGGUUGGUCCUUCCGGUUGCGGUAAAUCUACGACCAUUCAGCUUAUUGAGCGUUUCUACGAUGUGACAGGUGGUCGCAUUUUGCUAGAUGGCCAUGAUAUUCGUACUCUCAACCUCCAAUCUCUCCGGAAGUAUAUUGCGCUUGUGUCGCAAGAGCCUACUCUGUAUGAUGGAACGAUCGGCUUCAACUUGCGCCUGGGCGCCUUAGAGGACCCUAGCGCUGUUACGAUGGACCAGAUGCGUGAAGCGGCUCGUUCUGCCAACAUUCUGGAAUUUAUCGAGGGCCUACCUGAUGGUUUCGAGACGGAAGUGGGUGGCAAGGGUACCCAACUCAGUGGUGGUCAGAAGCAGCGAAUUGCGAUUGCUCGCGCGUUGAUUCGUAACCCUAAAAUCCUUUUGCUGGACGAGGCGACCAGUGCUUUGGACUCUGACUCUGAAAAGAUUGUACAACAAGCGCUUGACCGUGCCUCUGCGGGGCGUACUACUAUUUCCAUUGCGCACCGGUUGGCCACCAUUGCUCGCGCCCAUUGCAUCUACGCAUUCCAAGAUGGUGUGAUUGCCGAGUCAGGCGAUCAUCAAACGUUGAUGAACCAUAAAGGCAUUUAUGCAAAUCUUGUGGCCCUGCAGGCCCUGGAGAAACAAGUGUAA